AAAGGAGCGAAGGAGGCUGUAACGCGUGCAUACCGGUCACCGGACACUCUCUUCCCUUUCCUUUCGCCACCUCAGGCGAACGCCCGAGGUUAUCUGGGUACGCACGGUCUCUGAAUUCUCCGUAACGACACCAGCGCAAAAGGCCAGUCGAUCCAAGGGACGUGUGACACUGGUUCUUCUAGUGGUUCUCAUGGCCAUUAGUCCAACGUAUUACCAUCUUUAUGGGCGUUCUGUCGUGUAUUGAAAAUUAACGUGUUCACUGCUCUCGCAGGAGUUCGGAUCACCACAACUUUUCGCACCUCCUAUACUUUCAUUCUAUACAUCUCUGUCAGGAAUGUCGCGAGAUUAUGAUAGACGAAGAGGAGGUAGCGGUAGUGGUAGCAGCUCUAGUAAGUUACGGAUGGAUACUAGUGUAUCACAACCCAGGCCACAUGGUGAGAAUUCAGGAAAACGAAGAGAAUUAGAUAGUGUAAUGAGAAAGGCACGCGAAUCUCAAUCAAGUUAUUGGAACAAAAAGCUCUUAGAAGUAGAGGAACGUGAUCCAAACAGAUGGCGGCACAGUGGAUAUAAAGAAUUAUAUGUUGGUGGCACAACAAGCGGAGAACCUAGUAGGGGACAUCCUCGAAGUCCAAGAAGUCCUAGGCCUCGAAGUCCUCAUAUUCCAAGACCACGUAGUCCUAGAACCAGAAGCCCGCGUUCACCACGCGAUAGAUCACAUACGAGAGGAAGACCUACGCGCAGUCCAAGCACAGGAAGUACUUGCUCAGAUCGGUCAUGCAGUGUCUGUUCACCAAAGGAGAGACGACGCAUUGCUCAGCCUUCUCGUUCGCGUUCAAGAUCGCUGACACCAGUUCGAGCUCGUGCACAUCCAAAAGAAGUACCAUCAAGUUCACGAGUAAUACCAACUCGUACUAGACCAAGGUCACCUCCUUUGCCACGUCCACAUACACCUCCACCCACGCCACAACCGCCACCACGUCAUCAAAAGGACUAUAAGACGAUUAAAGAAAAAGAAACCAAAGUCCGACGUAAAGAAAAACAUCACGCCAGAAUUCCGGAAGAUCCACGAGUUCCAGAUCCUAUUCCAUUGAUGCGUAAACCUGUAAAGGUAGAAAAAACUCACUCAAGUCAUGGAUCAACACAAAUGAUCAGGCCACCUCCCGAAUCCUCACCUAGCGAAGAUAGUGACAGUUCUUCCGCAACAUCACAUGUGGGCCCACCUAGAAUGACGUUAUCAGAGCGAUUUGGUAAAAUGGCACAAUGGAGCGUAGAUCGUAGAGAUAUGGAAAAUAUGCGUAUUACAAAAGAUGGAGAAAACGCGAUGAAAGUAGUAAUAGAGGGUGAAGAAAGAAUUGCAAGACUAGGUUAUGAUUCCCCACCACCAGGACAUUAUCCCGAAUCACUUUUAGCACAAGGCCCAAGAGGUUUAGAAUGUUGGGAUGAUGUUCGUGUUAGAUAUGAUUAUUACAAAGCGAGAGGAUACCUUCGAGAUCUUACUUUAGAUGAUUAUAUAAAAUGGGAAGAAUGGUGGUAUAAGUAUCAAGAAUGGUUAGAAGCAGAACGUUUUUACGAACAGUGGGCUUCUUCAAACCGUCCUUCCGGUGGAACUCGAAAGAGGCGUGGGCGACGUAACAACACAGCCCAUUAAAAUUUCAUAAACUCAUUACAAGUCAUUCUCGAUUCAUAGACAUUAUCAUUAAUAAAUACUGUAAUAUUUGUUGUGCUUAGAAAGGCGUGCAAGUGUGUAAAAGCUCUAUGCAGAUACGCAUUCUUAUAGAAAUUAAAAAUUAAUUCUUAUACGUGGUCUUAUACGUAUAUAUAAAUGAAUAUGUACGCAUACGGAUACGUAUAUGUACUAAAAGAUAUGACUGUCUUGUAAAGAACUUCAUUUUCAUCGAUUUAUCAAGUAAAAAAUUAAUCUACAAAAUUUUCGUAUUUCAUUUAAUUAUUU